AUGUGCGCUUCAAGAUGCAUGGAUUUGAGUAAACAGUUGCGACAUGGAGAGAUAGCAUUGCACGCUCAUAUACUAGCAGAACCACCUCCUCCACCACCGCAGAAACCUCCUAAAAGUCCUUUAAAUAAACCUGAGGAUGUCAAGAAAGGACAAACACCUGCUAAAGAACACGUUAUUGAUCCUAAUGACGGAACUGAGGAAGCAAAAGAAAAUUUGGUUCGGCAUAUACUACAACUUGUAGCUGAUAACACAGGGUUUUUAGUUGAAGACCGUUUACUAAAACUCAUAGAAAAGUAUCAGUUGAAGUCCAGAAAUUUGUGUACGUUGGAUGCAAUAUUUAUGGCAUUAGAAAUACAAGCGGAAGAAGAUAUAGAACUCUUGUGUGGGACGUUCCUGAACUAUGCGUUUUGUCCUAUUUGCGUCGGUUUGGAAGUGGCGUCGGAAUUCGCCCCCGGUGGCUCAGGGGGCUCGCAGGAUCAGUUAUCUAAAAUAGAGUCCCAAGCUGCUGUUACUACUACUCGGCCAAAAGGUGACAGAAUGUCCAUGGCCAGAGGUCGUACAAGUGUCGCUGCUCGAAGUGUGUCUGCCAGUACGUCACGAUCUGCUCACCUCACCUUCAGGUUUGGAAGUGUCAAGGCUCAUGAGUUAUCACCGGUGGAACAAUUGUUACUGACAGAGGCUGAUGAAAUUAUGCAAAAGUACGGAGAUUAUCAAGAAACUGUUAUGGUGACUGCGGGGACCCCCGAUGGAGGUUCCGCUGCCGGCAGAAGGCCGGGAGGACGCGGCGUUACAGUAGCAACUCAACGAAAAGAUGUGAAGACUCCUCCCAAAGAUGACGUCAAUCCCUUUUUGUGUCCACUGGGACAUGUCCUGGAGAUUGAAUCAAUGCAAGUCUUAACAGCUUUGAGUGAAUUCAUAUCAGUCUUUGUUCCACCUGAGAAGCAAAAACUACAUAACAUUUUACACAGCUUAAAACCACCGAAUUUUGACACACCAUCUCGCAAACUUACCGAGGAAGAGAUCACCAGCUACUGGACGCAGUGGAAAAACAUAUAUCCCCCAGAAAAGGAAAAAUUUUGGGAUGGGUUGUUGACCGGUCUUAACAAUUAUUUGGAAAUCCUGCAAGAACGGGAACGAGUGCACGAGGAGGUGGUGGAACUGCGUCGUCGUAACGUAGCGCUCCGUCAGUUAGUGCGGGGCGCACUUCCCGAAUUACCUGCACCGGUGCCAAAGUACGCGCAACCCGCCCCGAAAGCAUUUGCCGCACCAGUUCCGGAUACAGCACCUACAGCAUAUGCUAGGCUACCACCUAUCUCAAAUAGGAAUUAA